AUGUCCCCAAAUCAAGCAAAAGUUCAAAUAAAGGAAAUUAUUGAACCUCCAUCAUGUUCUCGUAGGCUUUUCUUAGAUUGGUAUGAUACUGGGGAGACAAAUGUUGUUGGGGAUGCUUCUAAAGAGGCUAAUGUAAUGGACGUCACUGGAGAUGACAAUAUGGACAUAACUGAUAAUGGGGAUAAUAACAAGGAAGGAAAUCCAUGCGUUGAAGUUGAAAUUGGGGACAAAUUUGAGCACACGAAUGAAGUUGAAUUUAGGGAUGGUAACAAGGGUGGAGAAGAUCCAUGGUCUGAAUUUGAAAGUGGGGACAUGUUUGAGGACAUAAACGAAGAAGAAUUUGGAAGUGGGGACAACUUUGACGAUGAUAGUGGUUAUAAAUCCAGUGAGUCCGAUGAUAUAGACUUUUAUGUUGACAAUGACAACAUCUUAGAUGAUGUAGAAGUUGACAUGAAUGAUUUCAAUGAUAACAUUGAUAUGGAUGCAGAGUGGGUUGGAGGUAUGAAUGACAAUGUGGUACAAGAAGAGAAUGAAGUUGGAGAGCUUAAUGAAGUACUAAAUAACGAGGUACUUUUGUCAGGAUCAUCUUCGGAUGAAGGUCCAGUUGGUCAACGAAAGAAGACCAUCAAAGCUAUCCAACGAGCUCAUGAGAAUGAUGAAGCAAAUGUUGCUGAACCAUUUUAUAUCCUUCAAACCUUUAAUACAGCCCAAGAGUUUAAAGAAAGAGUUAAAGUCCAUGCUAUUGAGACAAGAAGGGAACUUGGUUUUGAAAAAAAUGACAAGAAUAGGGUAAGAGUUGUGUGUAGGGGGACAAUACCAAAACUGGGAAACUUAGACAAAAGUGGGGAAGGUCAACAAGAAGUCAACAAUGAAGAUGAAGAGAAGUGCCCGUGGAGCCUCUACGCUAGUAAAUGGAAACGUGAUAUAAACUGGAUGGUGGAAUCUAACCCAACUAUUCCAAUUCGUGCUUUACAAGAACAACUGCAACGUGAUUACCAAGUGGGACUUUCCAAGAUGAAAGUGUUUAGGGCUAGAACUGAAGCUCUCAAUCAGGUGCGAGGGGAUUAUGUUGGUCAGUAUGCUCUAUUGAGAGACUAUGUUCAAGAACUUCAAAAACAUAACCCAGACACGACUGUAAAGAUUGAUGUAGAGAGUGAACCAAAUCCAAAUUCAGAAACUAGAACUUUCAAGCGCAUAUACAUCUGUCUUGGUCCUUUAAAAAAGGGAUUUGCUGCUGGAAGAAGAGACUUUCUUGGUCUCGAUGGUGCUUUUAUGAAGGGUCCAUACCCAGGACAAAUACUUUCAGCUGUGGGAAUUGAUGGUAAUAAUGGAACAUAUCCACUGGCUUAUGCUGUUGUGGAAUCUGAGAGUACCAACUCAUGGACUUGGUUUCUAACUUGUCUAGGGGAUGAUUUGGGUUUAGGAACAAACUCAAAUUUUACGUUUAUGACAGACAGACAAAAGGGAGUGUUACCUGCUAUAGCAAAGUUGUUUCCAUGCGCUGAGCAUCGUUAUUGUCUUCGUCAUAUCCAUGAAAACAUGAAAGCUAAUUGGAGGGCAAAGCAAUUCAAAGACUUGCUAUGGGAUUGUGCAAAAGCAUCUACUAUUCAACAGUUUCAACGAUCAAUGGAGGAACUUAGAAAACUUAAUAAUGAUGCGUAUGAGUGGCUUAAAAACAUUCCUCCUCAACAUUGGUCUCGUUCACACUUUACAGGUAGAGCUCAUGCAGAUGCUAUGCUUAACAAUAUGUGUGAAUCUCUAAAUAGCAAGAUUGUUGAAGGUCGUGAUGUACCAAUCAUUACAUGUUUGGAGUACAUUAGAGAGUACUUAGUGAAGAAAAUUGUAACUGUGCAAAAGGAAAUUAAUAAAGCUGUAGGUCCCUUGACUCCUACAGCUACCAUAUGGGUUGAAAAACUGAAGAAAGAGGCUUCACAAUUAAGGUCUGUUUUCUAUGGGAAUGGGAAAUAUCAAGUCAGUAAAAAUCUUUUGGAACAGUUUGUGGUAGAUAUGGGCCAACAAACAUGUUCAUGUAGAAGGUGGGAACUAAUAGGGAUACCAUGUGCACAUGCAAUAGCAUGUAUGUGGGAGAUGUUGAAGAACAAAGAAAUUGAUAAGAUACCCGAACAUUGGGUCCAUCGAACAUAUUGGUUAGAAACAUGGAAGAAUAUGAUUUCUUUUACAAUUCACCCAAUCAAUGGAAGGAACAUGUGGCAGAAAUCUACAUGCCCUACAACCUUAAUCCCUCCAAAACACCAUGUGCCCAUUGGAAGACCAAAGAAAAAGAGAAGGAGAUCUGCCAUGGAGGUUGAGGAUUUGGUGAAAGGUAACCAAUUGUCAAUAGCACAAAAAUCAGUGACAUGUUCUAAGUGUAACAAAAGUGGGCAUAAUGCAAGGACUUGCAAGGGACAGAAGGCUGGUGGUUCUCAAACUUCAAGGAAUGUUGGUGGAUCACAAACUUCAAAGAUUGUUGGUGGUGCUGGUAGUGAAAAAGUGAAGGUUGGAAGUGAAAAAGUGAAGGCUGGUGGAUCACAAACUUCAAGGAAUGUUAGUGGUGCUGGAAGUGCAAAAGUGAGGGCAAGUGUUAGCAAAAAAGGGAAAGGUGUCCCAUAAAUGUGGCUUUUAGGUGCUUAUGUAUUGUUUUGGUUGAUGUUGACAAACAUUGUCUUCUUUUGAACUAAUUUAUGUGUUGUGAUGGUUAUGUUGAUUGCUUUUGAAAAACAAUGGUGUAAUUAUAGUAUCCA